AUGGUACUAGAAAGCAAACAGAUAAUAGACGAGAGUGCUAUAUACGUCACAUCCUUAUUCCAAAGGACAGGCGACCACGCAAUAAUUAAUCAUGAAGCCGACACCGACGAGGAAAUUCUUGUCUCCUUGGGAUAUAAACAGAAAUUCAAAAGAGAACUAUCCAUCUGGUCGUCAUUCGGUGUUUCUUUUUCGUGUUUAGGUCUCCUACCAUCAAUUGCAUCGACUCUUGGCUAUAAUCUUGCUUAUAGUGGGCCAGCAGGCUCGGUAUGGGGAUGGAUCGUCGCAGGAGUACUGAUACAGUUUGUCGCGCUGGCAAUGGCCGAAUUGUGUUCGAGUAUGCCGACAGCCGGAGGUCUAUAUUAUGCUUCGGCAGUUCUGGCACCGGAGGGCUAUGGACCUUUAUGUUCUUGGAUAACUGGAUGGUCAAACUUUGCCGGCGAAGUUACAGCGCCCUGCGCCAUAAACUAUGCACUCGCAGCUAUGAUCUUAACGGCGGCUCAAAUCGUCCAUCCUGAGUAUGUGAUUCAAACAUAUCACGUGUAUCUGCUACUCUUGGCGUUACUAUUUAUACAAGGACUUCUGGCCAUGAAUUCUACUCGGUUCAUUGGACAGUUGAACACUUUUGGCACAGUUACAAAUGUGGUCGUGCUUCUGAUCUUCAUCGUUUGGUUCCCGGCAGGAUCGAUCAAUGAGCCGAAGACCAAUCCAAAUAGUGUAGUAUGGACUUCGGAAGGUAUUAUUAAUGGAACGGAAUGGCCCACUGGGUUUUCGUUUUUGAUGGGGUUCUUGUCUGUUUUUUGGACAUUAGCUGGUUUUGAUGCGCCAUUCCAUUUGAGCGAGGAAUGUUCGAAUGCCAACAUUGCUGGUCCGAGGGCAAUUGUCAUGACAGCUCAAUUGGGACUAUGGCUUGGCUGGGCAAUCAUCCUGGUCGUUGCGUAUACAGUAAAGGAUAUUCAAGAUGUGGUUUCCGGGCAAUAUGGACAACCGAUGGGAAGUUUAUGUCUCCAAGUUCUUGGCCCAAAAGCCGGACUUGCGAUGUUCUCACUAAACAUCUUCGCUCAAUUCUUCUCCGGACAAGGCGUCGUAGUUGUCUCGUCCCGCGUUGUCUACGCCUAUUCACGAGAUGGUGCCCUUCCCGGUUCCUACUGGCUCAAACAAGUAAACUCGCACACCAAAACCCCCGUCUACGCUGUCUUGUUCGUACUUAUUCCAGGCGCUCUCCUGGGCCUCCUGAUAUUCGCAAGUCCGGUGGCUAUUGGGGCGAUUUCUAGUAUGGGUGCUAUUGCGCAAUAUAUUGCUUUUGUGUUCCCCAUUGCGCUAAAGUUGUUUAGUGCAAGGGGAAGGUUCCGUCCUGGUCCCUGGAAUCUAGGCCGCUUUUCGACCCCCGUUGAUUUAAAUGAUCUUAAUAUGAACUAUACGUGUUUGAUCUAUGGAGGUGUAAUGAGUUUGGCGAUGGGGUGGUAUGCGGUUAGUGCGAGGAAAUGGUUCAAGGGGCAGAAAAUAAAUGUGGAGCAUUUGAUUCAUGGGGAUGAUGCAGAUAGAGAUGGGGAUGGAAAUGAAAUGGGAGUGGUGCAGGGUGAAGACAGUGGGUCGGGAGGAAAAGAGAAGGAUGGUUCUGAGUUCAAAUUAUCUGAUCUUAUUUAUCGUAUUAUUGAUCCUUCCAUUUUGGCGAAUGAUGAUGAUGAUGAUGAUGAUGAUGAUGAUGAUGAUGAUGAUGAUGGCGAUGAUACUUGGAAGUGGAAUAAUAAUAUUAAUAAUGAUGAUGAUGAUACUAUUAAGGCUAUUGAAUCAAAUCCAAAAUUAACAAUUCGGAAGACAGCUCAGCUCUAUAGUGUGCCUCGAUCUACAUUGGGUGAUAGAAUUCGAGGUAAACCUAAUAUGGCUGAAAAUCGACCAAAAAGCUAUAAUUUGACUGAAUUGGAAGAGGAGGUUCUUAUUCAAUAUAUACUCGAUCUGGAUGAGAGAGGAUUUGGACCUAAAUUAAGUGGUAUGGAAGAUAUGGCGAAUUAUAUACUCGAAUCGCGGGGUGCGAAGAAGGUUGGAAAACUCUGGGCUCAUCGCUUUGUAAAACGACGUUCAGAACUAAAGACGCGUUUUAAUCGCGUUUAUGACUUUCAAAGAGCUCUCUGCGAAGAUCCAGCGCUUAUUGAAGGGUGGUUCCGAUUGGUAUCGAAUAUGCAGGCAAAAUAUAGUAUUCAGGACUGCGACUUCUACAACUUCGACAAAACCGGUUUUAUGAUAGGUGUAAUAUACCCCGGAAUAGUUGUAACUAGUACUGAACGAUAUAGCAGAAGCAAAGCAAUACAGCCAGGCAAUCCAGAUGUAUUAAAACGAGCAUAUGGUUCACAAAUUGAAGGAUUUAUCAAGGCUCAUAUCAAUCAUAUCUCUAAGGUUGAAUUCUUUGUAGCUUUCAAAGCUGCAUAUCAACAAUCGAUUACAGUUCAGAAUAUGAAAGCUGGCUUUCAAGGAACAGGACUAAUCCCAUUCGACCCUCAAGCUGUGCUCUCGAAAUUGGAUAUUCGAAUUCGUACGCCUACCCCUUUACCCAUUCCCUUGGAAUCUGCCGAUUCUUGGGUCUCUCAAACACCUCAUAAUCCAACUGAAGCUUUUUCACAAUCGACUUUAGUAAGAUCUCGAAUUGCUCGACAUCAAUCAAGCUCUCCUACACCUAUAUUCGAGAUUGUAGCUGCUUUGGCUAAGGGUACAGAACGACUAGCUCAUGAAGUUAUACUUUUAAAUACAGAGAAUCGUAUACUUCGAAAAGCAAAUGAGGCAUUAAGCAAACAUCGACGCACUAAAAAAGUUCAACUACGGAAUAGAGGAGUACUUACUGGACAGGAAACUGAGGAUAUAUUAUCACAACAAGAGGUAGAGGUUCAGAUUCGACGCAACGAGCAUCAAAAUGGGAGAAAUUCUAAUGGGGAAUCUUCUACUAGUCGAUACUGUAGCAAAUAUGGAAAGACCGGUCAUAAUUCAAGAACUUGUCAGAAUGAUGUAAUAGAUCCUAGUUUAUUAGAUUCUUAA